AUGGCAUCUUUUGCACCUACAAUGAGCUUGGUAUUGGUGAUCUUGAUGGGGUUUUUGUGCUCGUCGGAUGCUCGUACAUUCAUCGUUGGCGAUGAAGAUGGUUGGAUCCUUCGCCCCUCCGAGAACUAUACUCGUUGGGCCGAAAAACAUCGUUUCGAAAUCAAAGAUGAAGUCGUUUUCAAGUACGAGAAGGGGCACGACUCGGUCCUAGUCGUGAACCGAAACGACUACGCCAAAUGCAACAAGGAGAACCCUGCGAAAACCCUCAAGAACGGUCGAUCAAGAUUCGAGUUUAGAAAAUCAGGCCCGUUUUUCUUCAUAAGCGGGCACGACCAAAACUGCGAGAAGGGGCAGAAGCUCGAAAUCGUAGUCCUCUCCCGACAUCAUCGUAAUCGUACCUACUUGCCGACCCCUUCACCAGCAGCGGAGCCCACGGCCCACUCUCAGCCGGUCGAGCCUCCCUCCCAUUCCCCUUCACGAAUCUCGCCGGUCGAGCCACCGUUCGGUUCUCGAGCUUUGCCGCCUCUGGCUGAAAAUCCAACUCCCUCACCGCCAGUCAAGCCGCCGUCUCGUUCCUCAUCCCCAUCUCCGGCGGCCGGAAUCCCGAUUAAGCCGCCGUCGCAUUCUCCAUCCCCUCAUAGCUCAGCUCGUGGGAUUCAGUUCUUUGGGGGCAAUUUCGUGAGCUCUGCAAGCAUCGUUUGA